AUGAUCCCAAACAGAGUAAUCAAGGUUUGCAUCAUUUUCUACCUUUGGGCCCCACACAACCUGAAAGGACAUAGCUGGGACCCGACAACUGCUGGUCCCAUUUUCCAAAAUGAACCAUUUGCUGUAGUGUGGAACUUGCCCACUGCAAGAUGUGAAGAACAUUUUGGGAUUGCUCUACCUCUUGGAGAUUAUGGCAUUGUUGAGAACAAAGGUAACACAUUUCGUGGCCAGAACAUGACUAUAUUUUACAAAAACAAGUUUGGACUCUAUCCUUACAUCUCCUCUGAGGGUGAGUGGCAUAAUGGGGGAAUACCUCAGAAAGCUGAUCUGAAAGAACACCUAGAGAGGGCUUCAAAAGAAAUUACAGAACUUUUGCAUCAUGGCUUCCGAGGUCUGGCUGUGGUUGACUGGGAGGAGUGGCGGCCUCUCUGGAGGAGAAACUGGGGGCCCAAGAUUGUGUACAGGGAGGCCUCUCAACAAUGGGUUUUGGAAAGGUUCCCAGAUCUGCCUGCUAAGGAACAAUCCUACUUGGCUGAGGAAGAAUUUGAGCAGGCAGCUAAAGUGCUCAUGGAGAGAACAUUGGCUGUCGGGAAGGAGCUGAGGCCACAGGGACUCUGGGGCUUCUACCGAUUCCCUGAUUGCUUCAAUGACAACUGGGAGAAAGAAAAGAACUACACUGGCCGUUGCCACCCCAAGGAGGUCCAGUGGAACGAUCGACUCAAAUGGCUCUGGGAAGUUUCCUCAGCCCUCUUCCCCAGUAUCUAUCUCCCCCCAAAGCUCCCAUCAUCAAAACACCAGCGCUAUGUUCACUACCGCAUAAGAGAGGCAUUCCGCGUGGCACAGUUUGGCUUGAAGCCACCCCUGCCUGUAAUUGCAUAUUCCAGAGUCUCCUACAGACACUCCUCAAGGUACCUUACUGAGACUGACCUGGUAUACACCAUUGGAGAGAGUGCAGCACUUGGAGCUGCUGGAGCGGCACUCUGGGGUGACCUCUCCUAUUCCAGUUCACUUGAGAGCUGCAUGAGCCUUCACCGUUACAUUGUGAGCACACUGGGGCCAUAUGUAGUCAAUGUAACCACAGCAGCCCGCACAUGUAGCCAGCAGCUGUGCUAUGGGAAUGGACGUUGUGUGAGGCAGCACCCUGAUGAGCUGGGGGCUUUCCUCCACCUCAGUCCACAGCAGUGGGAAGGGGAGCCUACUGUGACAGACUUUCUGGACCAAGAAGUUUCAGCAUGGGAGAGCUUUCGGUGUCACUGCUAUCCUGAAUGGACUGGUACCUGGUGUGAGAGGCCACAAUGGAGAGAGCCCAUCACAGAAGUGGAGUUCAACUUAGCUUCACAGUAUCAUGAUAUCUGUGAUGCAGCUCAUGACAACAAUGUUGUGAAGUCAAACAGCUGUCCUCCCUCCAUUUAUGACAAAAAGACAGAGCUCAGAUAACUAUCUAUGCAGGUCCAACAAUCUCUAGCAUUUAACGAAGGGUAGCCUCAAUGUUCUGGUAACUGAAUGACAGGUUUGCUAAGGGACAUCCUGUCUUGGACAAACAGCAAAAUACACUCUCUUUUCUUACUAUUGUACUUACACUGACAUU